AUGCAAUACCUACAAAUAUCCAACACUUCAUUGAAUCACAAUGUGAACCCAGCUCUCUCCGAGCUCUGCAACCCGAAAGACAAGAAAGUCCUACAAAUCAAGAAAGCCUUCAAUAACCCCUACAUCUUGUCCUCAUGGAUGCCAGAGAGAGACUGCUGUGACUGGUACUCUGUCACCUGUGACUCCACCACAAACCGCGUCAACUCCCUCACCCUCUUCUCCGGCGGACUCUCCGGUCAAAUCCCGCCCCAAGUCGGCGACUUGCCAUAUCUUGAAUUCCUUCAGUUCCACAAGCAACCCAAUCUCACUGGCCCAAUCCAACCCUCCAUUGCCAAGCUCAAGAGCCUCAAUGAACUGGACCUCAGCUGGACCAGCAUCUCCGGCUCUGUCCCUGACUUCCUCAGCCAACUGAAGAACCUCACCUUUCUUGACCUCUCAUUCAAUAACCUCACAGGCUCCAUCCCCAGCUCACUUUCUCAGCUUCCAAACCUCGACGUUCUUCAUCUAGACCGUAACAAGCUCACAGGUCCUAUUCCGAAGUCAUUCGGAGAAUUCCAUGGCAGUUUUUCAGCUCUCUAUCUCUCCCACAACCAGCUCUCAGGCAAGAUACCAACCUCAUUAGCCAAACUGGACUUCGGCACCAUAGACUUCUCCCGGAACAAGCUCGAAGGUGAUGCAUGCAUGCUCUUCGGAUUGAACAAGACAACCCAGAUUGUGGAUCUGUCGAGGAACUUGCUGGAAUUUGAUCUGUCAAAGGUGAAGUUUUCGAAGAGCUUGACUUCCUUGGAUCUCAACCAUAACAAGAUCACAGGCAGUAUUCCGGUGGGGCUGACCCAAAAUGAUUUGCAGUACCUGAACGUGAGCUACAACAGGUUGUGUGGUCAGAUUCCAGUGGGUGGGAAGUUGCAGAGCUUUGACUCCUUGACGUAUUUCCAUAACCGCUGCUUGUGCGGUGCUCCACUCCCAAGCUGCAAGUAAUUCCCCCGGCCUUGGAAGAUUAAAUUUGGCCAGCAAUUUCAUUACCACUUUGCAGUUAUAUACUUCUGUUUGAUAAAAUAAGGGCUUCAUGCAAUAAUCUAUACUAAUGCUAAACAGGCUACAGCUUUUUGUAACCAAGUAGUAAGGAAUUAAUAAGAUUUGUGUGCCAACAAAUCACUUGCUCAAAA